AUGGAUAACCUCAAUCUUGAAAUAACUGAUGUUAGCGUUAGGGUAGAUACGAGCGCGCCUUUUAAACAGUUUGAUGACAUGUACUAUAAAUGUAUGGCUGCCUACAACAAGAUUGUUGCCUCUGAUCCACCUUCAAAUGUCAAUGUUGAAGCAUCACCAGUUCAGCCUAAACCUAAACUACCCCAGAUAGAUAUCAGUAAGUUUGGUGGACAGUUGGAACAAUUUAACUCGUUUAAAGCUUUGUAUGAUAACUUGAUUCACAAUACUUCUUUGGCCCCAAUGGAGAAGUUUAGUUAUUUAAAGAGCUUACUAGAAGGCCCCGCUUUGUCUAUUGUUGAAGGCAUACCAUUCGAUCCAGACAACUAUAAGUUAGCUUAUGACUCUUUGGUUGAACGCUACACCAAUCCCCGUAUCUUGGCUUGUUUUUAUCUCAAUAAAAUACUAGAUCAGCAACCUGUAAAGACCCCUAGUCUAAGUAGUUUAAGACAAGUUCUUGAUGUGUUUCAUAUUAAUGUCCAAGCGUUGAAAAGCCUAAAAGUAGAUGAUUUGUCAGAUUUCAUGUUGCUACAGUUAGCGCUACGUAAUUUAGACAAUAGUACAAGGAAAGCAUUUGAGUUAGAAUUUAAAUCUAAGCAAUUUCCUACCUUAGAAGACCUUAUGGAAUUUCUUCGUGCUCAGUGCUGUGUCUAUGAACUCACUAAAGAAUCUCACAAAUCUACUUUAGUUUUGCCCAAGUCACAAAUCCUUCAUACUCGCAAAACAUUGUUCUCAUCUCACUCAUCUCAACGCAGUACAACUCAGUCUGACCGCACAGCAACCCAGUCAUCUUAUCGCCUCGCUAUCAGUUGUCCUAUGUGUAAAGGUGAACACCAACUGUACCGUUGUGAUCAAUUCCUCGCUUUGGCCCCGCACAAACGUUAUUCUACAGUACGUUCAUUCAAUCGUUGCUUCGCAUGUCUCGGUUCCCACCUGAUUUCCAUGUGCACUUCUAAGUCGAGCUGUCGGGUUUGCAGAAGUAACAGACAUCACUCUCUACUCCAUGAACCAAGCCGAGUCACCGCACCGCUGCCUAAGCAAAAUGUGAAUCCUGACCUACCUCAAACCUCCGCUGUGCAUUCACCGCCCUCAACCACCGUCAACCCCGUGCCUACUACUUCUGUUAACACUACACCUGCUCAAACUUUAUCCUGUCAGUUUCAGCAUAAUUCAAUGAGUAAUUCUACCCUGCUAGGUACCGCUCAAGUGUUGGUUCAAGAUGCUCUAGGCCACUGGCAAGUUUGCCGGGCUGUUAUUGAUGGAGGUAGUCAGAUUAAUUUUGUUACUCAAUCUCUAGCCCAGACAUUACGUUUACCAAUCAGAAAAUGUAAUGUUAACAUUUCUGGAAUUGGCCAACAAUCUGAUUUAACCGCAAAAGGACUUGUCACUUGUAACGUUGCUUCCCGUUAUAACAGAGACGAUAGUAUUCAAAUGGACGCAGUAAUAAUUCCUCAAAUCUCUUCUGUACUUCCGGCUGCACCUAUUCCCGAAUCAUUGAUAAAUCGUUUCAAUUCUAUACAACUGGCGGACCCUGAUUUUCACCACCCUGCCAAGGUUGAUAUUUUGUUCGGAGCACAGGCUUUCACAGACAUUCUUUCGGAUGGUUUCGCGCUUAUUAAAGGCAAACCAAGCGCCCUCAGCACAAUCUUUGGAUGGAUCCUUAUGGGUGAUGUUCCCACACAGCCCAUGCAACAACACGAACUACAUUCUUUGUUUGUUUCAUCUCAAAGCACUGAUAGGCUCUUAGAAAAGUUCUGGGAAAUGGAAGAAAUAAAUUUACCAAAACCCUUGAGUCCCUCUGAUCAAGCAUGUGAAGACCACUAUCAGUCCACUAUCCAGAGAGAUAAUACCGGACGUUACGUGGCCUCCUUACCAUUUAAAGACGUUAAACCUGACUUAGGCUCCACUAGAAAAAUAGCUCUCCGCAAGUAUCUCCAACAAGAGACCAGAUUUCACAAGAAACCAGAUAUUCGUUUUCAAUACAUGACUCACAUGCAGAACUAUGUUGACCUAGGUCAUAUGUGUUUGGCCCCUGCGCCCUCUCCAUACAUUCUUACUCAUCACGGUGUCGUUAAAGAAUCUUCUACAUCCUCCCCGCUUCGUGUUGUGUUCAACGCUUCUGAAUUAAGUGACACAAAUCAGUCUCUUAAUAAAUCACUGUUAACUGGACCUAAGCUUCAAGCUGAUAUUGGAACUAUUAUCACAAACUUCAGAUUGCACCAGAUUGCUAUGACUUGUGACUUCAAACAAAUGUAUCGAGCUAUUCGUAUAACACCGGCUGAUUGUAAAUAUCAACAUUUGUUUUGGCGCUCUGACCUCACGGGCCCUGUACAGGAAUGGGAAUUACAAAGACUAACCUUUGGUCUCUCGUGCAGUCCUUAUAUUGCACAACGAACUUUAAAGCAACUAGUGCUUGAUGAAGGCGCUAAGUACCCAAAUGCGGCUGAUAUUCUAAGCUCCUCUUGUUAUAUUGACGAUCUUGUUUUUGGCGCUCCAACCGAGACUUUGGCUCUUAAGCUUUACGAUGAAAUCACCCAACUUUGCUCAUCAGGUGGUUUCGAACUUCAUAAGUGGUCAAGUUCAAGUAGCUCCGUCCUCGCCACAAUCCCCGCCGACCGUCGAGAAACACCCCAUCCGUUAGGAUCUACACACUCGAUUAAAGUACUAGGACUUGAAUGGGACCCGACUACUGACUGUUUCCGCUACUCUAUUUCACUUGUCAACAGUACGCCAACCAAACGCAAUGUAUUGUCUCAAGUUGCUCGAGUUUACGAUGUAAACGGCUUUAUUAGUCCAAUUAUUUUCACCUUAAAACAUCUACUUCAACAGAUUUGGAUUGAAAAGCUCAACUGGGACGACCCUCUCCCUCAAUCUCUUCAAAAUGUUUGGGAUAAAUUCAUCAAAGAACUACCCCUUAUGACACAGUUCAAAAUACCUCGCUACAUUCUCAGUAACUACUUAACCGCUCAGCUGAUUGGCUUCUCUGAUGCUUCCAAUAUAGGCAUGUGCGCCUCCUUGUAUCUACGUAUUGAAUGUGAAGAUAAGAGCGUAGAGUGCAACCUUCUGCAAUCCAAAACUAAAGUCGCUCCUCUGAAAACACUUACGAUCCCUCGUUUAGAAUUAUGUGCUGCUCUUCUCCUCUCUCAGUUAGUAAAAGCGAACCAACCGCUUAUUAAUAAACUUCAAAUAUCAGACAUCUUUCUAUUCACAGACUCCAUGAAUGUGCUUGGUUGGUUAAAUACACCACCACACCUCCUAGAAACCUUUGUCUCAAACCGUGUCUGUAAAAUAACAGAAAUCACCCCUGUUGAUGUUUGGCGUCAUAUAUCAGGAGAUGAAAACCCUUCUGACUGUGGCACUAGAGGUUUAAUGCCGAAUAGUCUGUUGAGUCACCCUCUUUGGUGGCAUGGACCCUCUUUUAUCCACAAUGAUAUCUCAUCUUGGACUCUACCGCCUUCAAACUUUCCUUCGGAUGUUAUUGAGCCUCAACAAACUCCCACGAAGAACACCUUGACAACUAACACUGUUCCGCAAAACGAUCUUUAUCAAUGGAUGAAUAGGUUUUCAUCACUUAUUAAACUUCAAAACACCAUGGGCUAUGUACAGAGAUUUAUCCAUAACUCACGAUCUAAUCAAUGUGAUAAACGCUAUGGCUCGUUAUCAGUUUCGGAACGAGAUGCCGCUCUGGAAUGUUGCAUAAAAUUAGUACAAACCCAGCACUAUUCUGAAGAAAUUAAAGCUCUAAAACUAUCCAAGCCUUGUUCUUCAUCACUAAGAAAACUCUCUCCAUUUCUAUCCUCGGACACUCUCAUGGUGGGGGCCGCUAUAGACAGAUUUAUCGCUCGGAGAGGAAUCUGCCGAAACAUUUACUCUGAUCAAGGUCGCAACUUCGUCGGUGCUGCACGCCAACUACAAGAAAUCUACUCUCUCCUGAAUAACUCCACCUCACAGAUCUCAGAACAUUUGGCUCAACGAGAAAUAACUUGGAACUUUAACCCGCCAUAUGCCCCAAACUUCGGAGGCCUCUGGGAGGCUGCAGUGAAGUCGACCAAACACCAUCUUAAAAGGAUACUGCAAAACCAUAAUUUCACGGCUGAAGAAUUCACCACAUUCCUGUGCCGUGUUGAAGCUGUACUGAACUCCAGGCCGCUUUGCGCACUCUCAUCGUCACCUGAUGACGACCUUAAUUACUUGUCUCCUGGCCACUUCCUCACAGGAGACCUCCUGCUAUCACGACCGGAAGAAGACAUCUCGGAAGAACCCUUAAACCUACUCUCACGCUGGCAGCUAGUUUCUCGUGCCUCUCAACACUUCUGGAAAAGCUGGAGAAGAGAUUAUCUCCAUACUCUUAUCCAACGCCCCAAAUGGACUGAGAAAACCCUCAACCUUAAGGAAGGAGACUUAGUUUUAAUGUACUCUAAUAAUGCUGACCCUUUGACUUGGCCCCUAGGUAGGAUAAUUAAGGUUAUGCCAGGAUCCGACCAAGUUUCUCAAGAGGUUGAAGGCAACAGUGUCGACCCAGCCCAGCGUUUACUAUGCUUUUCUUUAGCCCAUGACGCAAUCGAAGAACAUGCGCUGUUUCGUGAAAUGCCACAAAAGGGUUGUGGGCCUAUCAUGGUUGUCGCAGAGGCAGUGUUAGCCAAUCUGUCUGCAGCUUCAUUACCUUUUAUGCCUGAGUGUCCUGGCACCCAGCAGAGCGUAAGAUCAUUACUCCUACCCAACUCAGACACAGAAGCAAGGCAAUCCCACACGAGCCUAGAGUUGAAUUCGUAA